AUGAAGUUCGUUGCAGUUACGGGUGCGCUCGAAGCAGUGCGGUGGACCGUAGCGAUUAAGAUCGAGGCGGGUGGAGGACCCUUGGUAGCACUAGCACCACUCAUCGCUGCAGUUCACUAUGGACUCACCUCGAUCUCAAUCGGUAGCCUCUCGGCGAUGCUUCGAGCGCAGCCGCCUACGCAGCUGCAUCCAGCUUCAUGUCGUUUUGUGGUUUCCCGCUGUCGCUUCACCCAGUUGCAAAAAAGAGGGAAAUUCCUGACGAUGGGACUUUUCUCGCACCUGGUGACCAUGUGCGUUGGUGUGUACGGCGGUGCAUUUCUUGCACAAAACUAUGAAAUAGGAAAGGUCCCAUCGUUAUCAGAGUUGGCGAAACAAUUUGAAGGAUAUCUUCAAAACUACGCAAAGGAUUUAAAAAAGGACAAAUAA